AUGUCUACCUCAGAAGCGUCUCACGGUGCUGAACAACAGCCCAUUGAUUCUGGCCACGAGCACAAUGACAACGGCCACGAUGACAGGACGGCAAAUGCUAGCACCAGCCCAUCCCUCUUACGAUCAGCACCCCUCAUUGUAGACUACUUGGCCCAGCUUCGCUUGGCAUCGUUCUCAGAUGAUGCUUCGCAAAUGCGGCUCAAUCUCAAGAGAAAUGAAAUCUCGAAGCUUGAAAGCGACAAAACCUUCGAUGCCAUCGGUCAGCUGGUGAUCAAGACAAACGGCGCUUUUGGAUCGGCCACCGAGAAAGCGCGAGGGAUCAAUCUGCGUCUGCAUAAAGACGAGCAGCUGGUAAUAGUUCGACAGCACUAUGACUAUUGGACCAUUGACAACAUGGAGACUCGUCUCGAUCUGGAAGCAAUGCAGAAUUUCAUCAAGGGUCUCGCUACAUCCGUGAACGAGAUCAAAGACGAGUUCGUUGUGGCACACGAUAUUGCUCAGGAGAUCAAAUCUGCGGUGGUCAACGACGGCGACCUAGGAAUCGUGCAAGGACAGCAGCAUGAAACGUCUACGGGCAGGUCUCAGGUUGAUCAGAGCACGUCUGGGGCAACAAUCGUGCAUGACCUCCAGAUUGAUGCACAACAUGCUUUGGAGAGUCUGCAAAAGGUAGUCCAACGACUUGAUCAGGACCCCGAACAGCCCGGGUUUGAUAAAGUGGGACUUGAUGCUCUCUCUGGACUCGAGAAUGAGCUUUCGAGCAUCGUCAGUCACUUCCAGACAUUGUCAGUGCAACUUGACGGCAUGUCUGAGGAAAUGACCCAAAAAAUGAUCGACCUUCGUCGGUCUGAGGUUGUGCAUGAUCGCCCGGCCGCUGAAACUCGUGAUUUGUUCAUGCAAUGUGCAAGAUAUGUCGAUGCCACGGGAAUCGAAUUCUCUCUGGUUGAGGAUUUCAUGAGUAACUUCGUCAUACCUCCCAUGCAGAGAGUCGAAUCACUUAGACAUUCAUCGAACUCUGAUCAACUAAAGGAAUUCAACAAGUAUUACAGAGAUGCCAUGAAGGGCUACACUGAGGCUACCGAGAGUCUCGCUGAGAAAUCAAACGAUGACAUUCUGGCCUUGUUGAAGGCUGACAUCAGUGUUGUCGACAUAGGGGUCGGACAAGGGACUCGUAAGGUGCCGGUUGGAGAUCAGAAGAGGUCGAAGGAAGAAACUGGUGCGGAGGCGCAGGAAGAUGACGAUGCGGCUGAUGACUCGUAUGGCGAUGGACCUAUGCUGGGAGCCAAUACAGAAGUUUUCGGGGCGGACGGAGGGGCUGAGAGCGAAGCUGCGAGGGAAUUGGGGCAGAGUGCCGCCAGGGUCAGGAAGAUGUUUGACAAUGAAUUAGGUAUGCCAAGUGGACAGUUCGACCACAAAGUGUUCAAGUAG